AUGGCAUACGUUCUAUAUUCUACCGUGUUUCUCUUCCUCGUCUCCGUAACCGCCUUGUACCUCACACGGGACCGGUGGUCACACCUCGUCUCCGAAAUCCGCCUCCCCGGUAGCAACUACCUCUACAGCCGGUUGCCCGGCUCAUUUGCCGGCGACAUCGAGGCCGGUCUAUCUUCGACAACAUUUGAUCUCUCUGGAAACGUGGCGGAUGGUGACGGCCGUGCGGGUCUGGACGACGCGGCGAAGCAGGAGAUACUCAAGAUCAUGAAGAAGCGCAGGAUGAAGUUCGACCAGGCCAGGAAGGUCUACAUGGAGAACCGCUUCCGCGAUAAUGGUAUUGGGGCGGACGGGCGACCCAAGGAUCCCAAGUUCGUGAGCUUUUCUUGA